UCACAAAGAGACUUGUUUUGGCCAGCUAGAGUUACCAUUGUAGGUGGUAGAGGCAGAGCUGUUUAGUGGAUAUAAACAGCAAAGGUUAAUAAGACAGGUUAGACACCUGGGAAUACGAGAAGGAGGCUGCAGUGGAUGCAGGAGAAUUUGAUCCCCGGGCACAUUAGAAACCCUUCUGAGCAUUGUGAGAGGAAUAUAUAAGACAACUGUCAGCAGGCACCAGAGUUUUAGCUGCUGCCGUUGCUGCUGAUUUGGAGUUGGACCGAGAAGAGCAAACAGUGGACCAACAUGUCACUCACCUCUAUUCUAUCAGCUGAGGCCAUUGAAAAUGCAAUCAAGGACUGCGAAGCUCCAGACUCGUUCUGCCAUAAGAAGUUCUUCCAGCUAUGUGGCCUGUCCUCAAAGACACCCAAGGAGGUGCGCGAUGUGUUUCAAUUCCUUGAUGAUGACAACAGUGGCUACAUCGAGGAAUCUGAGCUUAAGUUUUUCCUGAAGCGGUUCGUCCCAGGCGCACGGACCCUGACUGAAGCAGAAACCAAGAAAUUCGUCUCAGCAGCUGACGAUAACAGUGAUGGCAGAAUUGGAGUAGAUGAAUUCCAGACAAUGGUCCUGUCCUGAGUUCUCCCAACAAAAAGAUGCCUUGGCCAUUUCCCAACCAUCUGGAGUCUUCUGAUAACUCCUUCCAUUCCCAGGAAUAUCAAACAUUUUCAUCUUACCUCACCAUCCUCCAUGGUGUCUUUCCUCUUGGUCCAUGGUUUUUAGGCUAUGCAUAUUCCACCUGAAUGAUUUAAAUAAAGAUCUGGAAACAUUUA